AUGGCGGCGUUCACACUUAAGCCAAACUUCCUGGGAAAUAUUCUGGUCCGACUCGUCUCUUUCAUAGUUCUCGUCUUCCUCGCUCGUUUCGCUUACAUCUUCACCGUCAAAGGCAAAUCAUGUAACUCCGGCGACUUCUGCUUCUUGCCGGAAACUCUAACUCUCAACAUCGCCGGUUCAAAUCCUAAUUCCAUUGAUUUACCGGAUUCCGGCACCGAUCUCCGGAACUACUAUUACUCCAUCUUCCAAGAUCUCAUCGCCGACGGCUUUAUCUCGCCCAACUCUCACUCUUUGUGUAUUGAAACCCUAACUGGCCAAGACGUAGAAGCAUUGAUCAACGUCGGAGUCAUCGAUUCCAUCGGCAUUUUCCACAAAUCAUCUCCGCCGUUGAUUCGAUACGGUCACGGUCAUCACCAGCCGUUCGAUGAUGACACAUUUCAUUUCGAAUUCGCCGGAAAUGGAGUACUCGACCGAUCUUCGAAACCGGUUGAAUUUGCUAAAGAAGUUUACAGAACAUUGAAGCCUGGGGGUAUUUUCGUCAUUCACACUAUAUCGAAAGACGAUUACAGUCUCAAUUCGUUGAUUCAAUUGUUCAGUUCCUUCAAAUUGAUCAGCUCAAUUGAAAUUGACAGUUUCACAACGUGGCGGCCGCGUAUACGCCAAGUAAUUUUCAAAAAGGUGACACAAUUCGAACCUAUGAUCACCCAUUGUACGAAAAAUACAUGUGUUGAUUUCGAAAAAUCAAAAAAUUACUGUUAUACCCCUGAGUAUAAAAGGGAAUUAAUUCGAAAAGCAGAGUCGUUAAUCGAAAAAGAGCCAUUUCAAUGGAUAAAAUUGAGAAAUGUGAAGUAUUUGUCUUCAAUGGUUGAUAUUAGCUUCAAGAAAAGGUACAUAUAUGUUGAUGUUGGAGCAAGGAGUUAUAGUUCAAGCAUUGGUAGUUGGUUUAACAAACAGUAUCCGAAACAGAACAAGACGUUUGAGGUAUACGCGAUUGAGGGUGAUAGGGAAUAUCACGACGAGUAUAGGAGAAAAGGUGUCAAUCUUUUGCCAUAUGCAGCUUGGUUGAGGAACGAGACGUUGUUCUUUGAGAUUGCUAGAGUACAAACUAGGAAGAAUGUGGAGAAGGGUCGAGGACUGGGGAGAGUACAAUCAGCACAAUCGUCGUUGGAUUUCUUAUGGGAUUCGGAUAAGAUUAUGGGGUUUGAUUUUGCUGGAUGGUUGAUGAGUUUGGUUGAUGAUGAAAGGGAUUAUUUGGUUGUGAAAAUGGAUGUAAAAGGGAGUGAGUUUCAUUUGAUAGAAAAGUUGAUUGAGAAUGGUGCAAUUUGUUUGAUUGAUGAGUUGUUUCUUAAAUGUCAUUAUAAUAGUAAAAGAUAUGAUAAGACAUAUACACAAUGUUUGGAAUUGUAUUCUUCUCUAAGAGAUAUUGGGAUUCUAGUACAUCAAUGGUAG